AUGCUUGGGUCAUGGAAUCGCCGGGACUCGCGUAUGAUCUUCUGUACCAAGGACCACAAACCCGAGCUUCCCGAAGAGAAGGCACGGUUGGAAGCCGAAGGGAGCGAGGUGAGGGAGGUGGAUGAGGGCAGCUGGCGGAUCUACUUGAAAGGCUCCAACUUCCCGGGACUCACGAUGUCACGUGCAUUUGGAGACACGGCCUGCGCCGGAAUCUCCCGUGACCCCGAGUACCACAAGUUUUUGAUGCAGCCGAACGACCAGUGGUAUGCCAUUGUGGCAUCUGAUGGCAUUUGG